UGGGAGUCGCUUUAUUUUCGACAUCGUACCAUAUACGUAUAUCUAUAUCAUAACGGUAUCCGUAGUAAAAUCACUUCGGUACCCAAUGCGCUAGUUUCUUUCAUGGUCCGCGGUCUUUUUGAUGUCAUCGUUCGUAAACCCGGGUCGAUGAACGAUUUCGGUUUUAAGAUGACGAGAAAAUUAUGCAAUGCGAAUUAUAUUGACGCAUCCUUAUUUAUUUAUGGUGGUCGGAAAUAAAUUCCGACCCAAAAUGCGUAAAAUUCCGUAAAGGGAAGGAUUGUGCUGUUGUGUUUGUUUUCGGUGUUUCGGUGGAAACGAUGGCUAAUUCUCCAACGAGCAUUGAGACGCAAAUAGACAGUUUCUUGGAGCAAUUUAAGAGAAGCGCCUCUAAGGCUAUGGAGGAGCGAAUAGAAUGGCCUGACGGUCCAUCUCCUGGUGCGGUGGUGAAGUCUCGCAGCAGCUGCUUCGCGCUGGACACUGCAGCUGAGGCGGGCUGCGAUGAGUGCGGCGAGGAUGAAGGGCGGAUGGUCUCCGAGCUGCUGCUGCCGCAGUACGCGCUGGCCACGGGCGGGCUGGCGCGCGACCACCGCCCGCUCAUCACCUUCCCCGACAACAACAACUUCCACCUCCUCACGGCGCCGGAGUACCGCCGUCUGCUGCUCUACCUCACCUCUGUGCCCUCAUUGUUAGAAGCCGACAUGGGGUUCCACAUAAUAAUAGAUAGAAGAAAGGACAGAUGGAAUUCAGUCAAAACAGUAUUAAUAAGGAUCUCAGAAUUUUUCCCGGGCAUCAUCCACACAGUAUACGUGCUUCGACCAGCCAGUUUCCUCCAGAAAGCGCUCUCUGAAGUGAGCAGCAAGCUGUUCAAAGAGGAGUUCCGUUUCCGGGUGCUGGUCUGCUCAUCGGUUGAGGAGCUGUAUGAACACUUCGACCGGUCGCAGCUCACGCCGGACCUUGGCGGAGAGCUGCAGUAUUCGCACGCUGAGUGGAUACAGCAGAGGAUUGCCUUAGAAAUGUUCUCAACGCUAAUGAAAGAGAUCUCAAGCAAGCUGGACGAAUUUAUGCACGAAAUAGUGGAUUGCGACAUGGGGAACGAUCCGACACAAACCAAAGAAUUAUUAGACUGCCAGGAAACUAGGUAUAAAGAGUUGAAGGCGGAACUGGCGGCGGCGACCACGCAAGGCGAGGAGCUGCUGACGCAGAUGAGGAAACCAAAUCUAACGUUUAUUAGUAAUAUUAUAAGCCAUGUGGCCGCUGUUGAGAGGCUACUAGUACAACUAGAAGAGACUGAAAAACAAUUCGACAAUUUUUGGCAAAAACAUUCCACAAAAUUAAACCACUGGCUUCAAUUUAGGACAUUUUUAUUAAAUUUCAAACAAAUGCAGGCUACUUUGGACAAUCAUCUGAAGGCAGCGUGUGACAUGACCGAGGUUGGAGAAACGGCGAGUAGAGUGGAAAGCCUAAUUCAAGAGGCUAUUGAUUUCGAGAAACUUUGCAACUGUGAUCUAGAUACUGCUGCAUCCGUUAUAGACGACGGAGAGAAGCUAAUGCAGGACCCCCUCAGUUCGGUAGACCACAUAGAGUCCAAGUGCGAGGAGCUUCGCCGCACCAGUGCGCUACUCGCGGACAAGAUACAGAAACGGACGCAGCUUCUAAAUAAGGCCAGGGAACUCAUGGACAGGAUAGACAAGGCCAACGACUGGUGCGCGUCCGGCGUAGAGAUCCUGGCCGGUGAGGGCGGCCUCAUCGCCGUGGACAAGCUGCUAGAAGACGCGCAGGGCUUCGGCCUCAGCGCGCCCGACCUCUUCCGCGAGGCGCUGCUGCAGUCCGCCACGCAGGAGACCAAGGCGCUGGUCGCACAGGUGGCCCAAAGGGUGGAAGAUGUCUGGCUAAUGGCUACAGUGAAGCGGGCGACACUCCAGCGUGCCGCGGCCAAGCCCGCGCGGCCUGUGCAGUCCGUGCCUCCGACCACCGUGCCAGCUGUCAACACACAGAUGGAGACGUCAGGCGGUUCAGAGAGCUCGAGCGGCGAGGACGCGGAGGCGCGGCGGUCGCGGCGCGGGCACGUGCUCGCGGAGCUGCUGCAGACCGAGCGGGUCUACGUGCAGGAGCUCGGCUCCAUACUCACUGGUUACAAAGACGAGAUCGAGAAGCCAGAGAACCAGCACCUGCUGCCGGCGACGCUGGUGGGGCAGGCCGACGUUCUCUUCGGGAACCUGCAUGAGCUCUUCACAUUCCACCAGGACGUGUUCCUCAAGGACCUGGAGCGGUCCAUCUCGGCUACGGAACUCGUUGCACUCUGUUUUGUUGAAAAGCGCGAGACCUUCUUCCGGCUCUACAGCUACUACUGCCAGAACAUUCCGCGAUCAGAGCGACUCCGUGAGACUCUGGUGGACACACACCUCUUCCUCCAAGCGUGCCAGCUGCGGUUAGGACACAAGCUGCCGUUGGCCGCGUAUCUGCUCAAGCCAGUGCAGAGGAUCACCAAGUAUCAGCUGCUAUUAAAGGACCUCCUGCGGUACAGCGAAUGUGGCUCGAUGAGCUCGAACCUCCAGCAGGCGCUGGACUGUAUGCUGGUCGUGGUCAAAUGCGUCAACGACUCCAUGCACCAGAUCGCCAUCACUGGCGUACCGGUGGACCUAGCGCAACAAGGCGAGCUCCUCAUGCAAGGCUCAUUCCUCGUCGCGUCAGAGAGCAAACGGGACCUGCGGCUCAGAAUACGGCCGCGGCGCCGGCACAUCUUCCUCUACGAGAAGGCCAUGCUCUUCUGCAAGCCAGCUACUAAGAACAGCCACAAUAAGGCUACUUACCACUUCAAGAAUGAUCUCCAGAUGUCACAAAUUGGACUCACAGAGUCCGUGAAAGGCGACCUGCGCAAGUUCGAAGUAUGGCGGGAGCACCGACUAGAAGUACACACGAUCACAGCGCCUUCUGUGGAAGUGAAGCGAGCGUGGGUCGAGCGCAUCAAGAGGGUUCUACUCGACCAGCUGAAGGAACUCAAGGGAGAGCGCGUCAGGAAAUACGGCAUGCAACACAGCAGGACACUAAUCCAAGCCAGCUCCUGGGACCUGGGCCCCCCGGGGCCGCAAGUGAAGCCCCCCGCGCCCGCCUCCACCCCGCGCACGGCGUCCUGCGACUCGCACGACGAGCCCUGCUGGUCCACCGACCCCUCGGAGGACGAGGAGGACGAACCCGAACAGGCGCCGGCGGUGGGGUGCGCGCUGGUGGCGCUGUCGGAGUACACGGCGGUGGGCGCGAGCGAGGUGUCGCUGCGCGAGGGCCAGCAGGCCGAGCUGCUCAAGGUCGGCUGCGCGGGCUGGUGGUACGUGCGGCUGGCGGGCGGGCACGGCGAGGGCUGGGCGCCGGCGGCGUACCUCGACCAGCGCAAGACAUCCCGCUCGUCCAGCCGCUCACACGACCGGUUACACGACCACUGACUCCGGUCGCAGCUCUGCCUACACCACUAACACUGAUAUAGGUCGAGAGAUAACUCAUGUUAUGACAGUUCGAGCUAAGUUUGCAAUGAAUAUGGCAACCCUAUCGAAGACCUAUUGGCGUCCUUAACCCCUAGCGUUCCUUAACCUCUGAGUUCACAAAUGCGAUUAAUGUAUGAAGUUUUAAAACCCCUGAUUAACACUUGAAGGUUUUGGACUUUUCUAAGUCUUGGGACUCGAGCGGUUGAGCGAUAACGAUCUUUAGAUUACGGGCAUUAUUAAGUACACGGAGCAGGUACGUCUGUCAAAUUGUUCAUUGCAAGCUUGAUUUAAUUGUAAACUUAUUAUUCAGCGAUCGACCUAUAAAUUCGGGCGCCAUUGUAAGGUAAAAAAUAAGAUGCCUAGAAAAUACGAGGUGGCUUUUGUAACGCACGUAACCUAAUGAUGGAUUAAGAAUGUAUGUCAUAAUGUAUGGAUGUAUAGUGCUCCAAAGCAGCAUCGAAGGAAAGUAAAGGUGUAUUUAAGGCUUGGCAAGUGACUGUGGCUCCUUUUCGGUCGCCAUAAACGAUGAGAUGAGCAAGGAAUUAUUUUAUGUUGGUGCCCAUGAGUUCAAUUCACAAGUGAAAGUUAUAUAGUGAAAGAAAUUGCAAAAGUGUAGCGAUCUUCAAAUUCGGAACACUUGCUAUAUUAUAAUAUUGAUAGGUAUUAUGACUAUUAUGAGUAGCGGUUUGAUAUAGGAUUGUAUGUGUAGGCACCUUUAGUAGAGUCACCCCACCUCGUUAAUGUCGAACAAUAAUAUUUGUUAAUUAUUGUAAAUGUUGUUCUGAAGAAGCUUUAUUGUAAAUUAGUAUUAGACGUAGCUGAGACGAUAAGGUAAUCCAAAGCUAAGACCAUGUUUAAAGUGCGGACGCAUGUUGUUCACUGUCUCUUAUUCGCGACACAGGCGUUUUUAGUGACGAACAAUAAUGAACCUUAAUGUUAUGAAAAUAUAGUCGUAAUUUAAAUGGCACCCACACAAUAUACAGGCAUUUCGACUUUGAAAACGAAUAUGCUAUUGAAAUUGCAACUAUACGUCCAUAGCAAUAGGUUUCAUUUGUAUAAGACGUGUGUGAUGUGGCGUUAUAUGCGUAGACUUUAAAAAGGAAUUAAAUUUGGAAUUUAUGGAUUGUUUAAGUCCCUGUAUUAAACAUGCAUUCCCACUUUAUGCGAACCUGCUAGCGUAGGGCGUUAAGUAAGCCGUGACUGUUUUAUAAUUGUUCUGUACAUACUUUUAUUAAUUAUAGUUAUUUAUUUGCUACGGCUUUUGGUGUUAACUCGUGCUCGCCUUAUCCAUGACAGUUGUUGUGGGUGUAUUGUACCGAUAGGGACCUGUGUAUUAUAGUUAAAGUUUGCUCUUACUGAGUGAUUGUUCAUGGAUGUUGUCGGUUUUCUAUGCUGAAAAUGCGGCUUUCCGCGCUAUAAAUAAAAUAGCAUAGAUAUUGUAUGAGUCCUGCCCUAGUUUUUGUCCCUAAGGUGAGACGUAGAUUUCAUAAUCAUCGAUCAUUUUCAUAUCACUAGUUAUCUUUGUCAAAUUUAUAUUACCUACAGAAUUUUACUAAAAUCAUAUGAAGAAACAAAAUAUGUAUUGAAUAAAUUCUUACAUGUAAAUUACAUAAGUUAAGAUGAAAUCGGGAUCCAUAUUUAUACAUUUUUAAAUAUCUUAUUAUGUACCUGUUUAAUUGGAAGGUGCUUAAGGGUUCAUCAUGCCUAUAUUGGUGCAUAAGUUUGGAUUUUUUUGCUUGUUAAUGUCCAAGGGAUUUGGUUGAUAAAAAGAAACAAAUCUAAGUUUAUUUACUUAUUAUCAAUUCUAUGCACAAUGAAUGCGUAAGCUCGGUAGUUGCGCUCAUAAUUCAUAGGUGGUAUAUUUACCAUUUUUUUAUCAAUAUUUAUAAAACAUGUAGGUCCGUGUGGGCUUCGCUCUGUCUAAAAUCUCCUUACUUCUCCUGAGAGUUUGAUUACCGAAAGCCUGAUGUAUCUAAAGAUGACCUUUCUUCGUAGUUGCGCUCAUAAUUCAUAGGUGUUAUAUUUACCAUUUUUUUAUCAAAUUUUAUAAAACAUGUAGGUUCGUGUGGGCUUCGCUCUGUCUAAAACAUCCUUACUUCUCCUUAGAGUUUGAUCACCGAAAGCCUGAUGUAUCUAAAGAUGACCUUUCUUAAUUAAAAACGGUUCAGAAGUCUAGCUGUGAAAUUGUCAGAGACAGACAGUGGAAUUUAUAAACACUAAAAUUUACGUCUUUUUUCAAUCCAAACCCUUGGACAUUACAACCUUUUAAAAUACUUUGAUUACAAAUAGGUAUGUGUUUUUGCUAGUCGGCAUUCAUUUAAAAUUUAAUUAUAAUUACUUUUGUAGAUGAAACAAAAUCAUUUGUCAUUUUCAUUUCCCAUUGUGAAUGCGUAGAAGUUGACUCUUAGUGUCAUUUUUUGACCUGUAGUUCCAUGUACCUAAUGUGUUAUUUUCAUUUCGUGAAAAUGUUUUGUAUUAUAUUAAACUAAGUUCAUUUUCGAGCUGACCACAAUACAUUUAUUGUCCAUUU